AUGUUUCCCUUGGCCAAAAACGCACUAAGUCGUCUGAGAGUUCAAACCAUUCAGCAAGCAGUGGCAAGGCAGAUCCACCAGAAGCGGGCACCUGAUUUCCAUGACAAAUAUGGUAAUGCCGUAUUAGCUAGUGGAGCCACUUUCUGUGUUGCUGUAUGGGUAUAUACGGCAACACAAAUUGGAAUAGAGUGGAACCCAUCGCCUGUUGGCAGAGUCACCCCAAAGGAAUGGAGAGAACAGUAA